AUGAUUUUCUUGAAUUUACAAAGACUUUCACAGAACUGGUUUGAGCUGUCAGUUGUCUUCUUAAUCAUCGUGUCUGUCUCAUUAGACAUCUUUGCUGAUAUUUAUGUUUUAUUUAGGAACUCUAUCAAGGGAUCUGAUAAGAACAGUUGGAAGCCACUGACAGCCCUUUUUGAGGUCACCAACGAAUAUUGCAGUUUAAACAGCUUCGUUAUCGAUUUAUAA